GUUGAACGUAACAGAUUAUGUGCUUGAGAUUGACACUCGAAAAUCGUACUAAAUCGUCUAGUGUGUAUAUAUAUGUCUCAUACAAGGCCAUACGGUGUUGGUGAAAGAAAAAAGAAGAAAGAGAUCGCAGUGAAGACAUGUUAGAGAUUGUGUCAUAUCAAAAACAAUAACAAUCGAUUUGUGCACGCGAUACAAUAAAAAAAGAGAAUAGAAAUGUUUAGUUUACGGAGGACAGCGUUUCAAACGCUAAAACUAGUCAAUAAUUCAAUAAAAUUACAAAGUGUAUCCAAUCAGAAUCAAGUCAAACAUAUCAAUGCCAUACGGCUGACGCAAUCGAUCCAAUUUUAUUCGAAAGAUUUAAAAACAAAGACCAAAUCGAAUGAUGCAAAAGACACAUUCCCGAAAACGAUUGGCGAAGCAAGCCGGGAACUGCAGGCAGAAACACAAUCGGAAUUGGGCAAAAUUGAAACGAAAUUGUACUUGGCGUACACGUGCAAGGUGUGUAAUACACGAAACAGCAAAACAAUUUCAAAAAUAGCUUAUUCACAAGGUGUUGUCAUUGUACGCUGUGAUAAAUGCCUAAAUAAUCACCUAAUUGCUGACAAUCUCAAUUGGUUCACUGAUAUGAAUGGCAAAAAGAAUAUCGAAGAUAUUUUAGCCGAAAAGGGUGAAAAAGUUCAACGCAUUUCGACGGAAGAAUUUUUGAAAAAUAAAGAACAAAUGGCAGGAGAUGAGAAAAACACCAACGUUAAAUUGAAGGACGAUUGUGAUGAGAACGCUCAGGCGGUGGAAGGGGGUGACAAUAGACCAGCACUUUUGCAAGACAUCUCGAAAAAAGCUCAGACAAUCAAACACAAAGUGUCCGAAAUAUUGGGAACCAAAAAGUAGAAAAUUUAAUUAGAAUAAGCCGUAUCACUGAUAAUUGGAUUCGUACGAGGAGCAUACUAGGUCUACUUUUCAGUAAUAAUCCAAUAAUCCAAUCACUGAUAAGCUAUCAGCUCGAAUAGCAUAGAUACUUGAAAAGUGGAGCUUCUUUAAAGCAGAUGCAAUAUGAAUUGAUAGAAUUCCAUUUAUUUUCCAUAGAUUUGAAUUGUUGUUGGUUACUACUACAAAUAAUUCCGUUGAAAAAAUUUCAAAAAAAAGCAGACAGAAAAGAAGGUCAAGAAAAUUGAAAUUAUUCUUAGUUACAAAAUGAAAUGUAUAGAUUAAUCCAUCACUUAAUACUUACUUUGUAUUGAAUGCUUUUGUUAUGCUUAAAGUACAAGUUGUUAUAUAUGUCUAGGUCACAAGAAACUCAGUAGUCUUUAUACUAAUAGAUUAUGGCAAUUCACAUUCAAAACUCUUAAAAAUAGCGACUUAUCAAAACCGCAACACUAAGUCUACUUACUUGAUUCCGUUUUACGUGGCGAUAAAUUGUAUUUUAAUUAUAUCAACCUUUUUCAUAUAAAAUACAAUGUCUUUGUAAAAAAAAUAUUUUUUUUUUUACUUUUGAAUGAAGAAACUGAACUAAAUAUGACUCUUACUGCGAAUAAUUUUAUAAACACAUAUUCGACGAAUAAAAUGCUCUUCCUAAU